GAGAGAGAGAGAGAGAGAGAGAGAAGGCCCUUUGGAGGAGAAAACACAGCAAGGAACAGCCAUCACAAAUAAGGAGGACAAAUCGGGGAGCUAUUGGCUCGUGUCGGAGUUGGAGGUGGUGGGGGAUCCAGCCGAAAAGACAACCGCAGUGAGUUUGGAGCUGUUUCGGGUUGAUUUGAUGCAGCGAAUGAAAAGGAGCCGGAUGACGACGGAAGCAAUGAGACUAUCACACAUGUAGCUCGUUUGGGUGUAAAUAUUAUUUUCCUCCCUCCUGUCCUGCUGGGCCCCCCGACGAAGACAGCCGUCGGGGAGACGGAGAAAUAGAUACAGAGUAUAAGUGUGCACCUAUGGAAAUGUUUAUCAUGAAAGGAGACGUGGAAACGAGCCGCACCACAGCACGGGCGAGGUUUUCGGACACGCCGAGUUCGGCUCCUUGUCACGGGCAGCAGUGAGACGCAAGACCCGGGCUUUUGGAGAUGCAAAUUAGGCUGUUUGCUCUGCCUCCAUUUGAGGUGAAACCACGAUUUUUGGUCUUCUAAAGGACGUUGUGGAUUACAGCUGUGAACGUAACGCAGUUGACUCGGGGGAGAGAGAGAAGGGAAAACAAAACAAAAACUAAUACUGCAUGUGAAGGAGGAAAAAGCCCGAGCAGGAUUCAGCAAGCUGAGAAGGCGGCCUCGGUGUCGUCAGCAACAGUAUCCUGCCCUUUCUCUGACAGCAAAAUAGGCGUUAUGGACACAUAAUUUCUCCUGUGCUGCACCACGGACAGUUUUCGGAGCAGGCCGGGGACGUUAAACUGUGUAAAUGUGGGUGACAUUGUUGCCAAAUCCGCAUGACAAGCGAGGGAUCUAGACUAGUUUAGUUUAUUUAUUUAUUUUUCCUCCACAUACCCCCCUCCACCUCCACUUCUUCUUCUUCUUCCACCUCCUCCUCCUCCUUCCCCUGGACCCCCUUUUUUCUUUUUUCUUGCGGGAAGAUGGGUUGUUUGGGCAACAGUAAGACCGAAGACCAGAGAAAUGAGGAGAAGGCACAAAGAGAAGCAAACAAAAAGAUAGAGAAGCAGCUCCAAAAAGACAAACAGAUAUACAGAGCAACACACAGACUACUACUUUUAGGAGCUGGUGAGUCAGGAAAGAGCACCAUAGUGAAACAGAUGAGGAUCCUACAUGUCAACGGCUUCAAUGCAGAAGAGAAGAAGCAGAAAAUUCAGGACAUCAAGAAUAAUAUAAAAGAGGCUAUUGAGACCAUAGUAACAGCUAUGAGCACCCUCACACCUCCGGUGCAGUUGGCGUGCCCAGAGAACCGGUACCGGAUUGAAUACAUCCUCAACCUCGUCACCCAGAAGGACUUUGAGUUUCCAUCCGAGUUUUACGAGCAUGCAAAGACACUUUGGCAGGAUGAGGGGGUCCGGGCGUGCUACGAGAGAUCCAAUGAGUACCAGCUUAUCGACUGUGCACAAUACUUUCUAGACAAGAUUGACAUUGUCAAACAGAGUGACUACACUCCAACAGAUCAGGAUUUGCUGCGGUGCAGAGUACUGACUUCAGGAAUCUUUGAGACAAGAUUCCAAGUGGACAAAGUUAAUUUCCAUAUGUUUGAUGUUGGCGGUCAAAGAGACGAACGCCGGAAAUGGAUUCAGUGCUUUAACGAUGUAACAGCCAUUAUCUUCGUCGUGGCCAGUAGCAGUUACAAUAUGGUGAUCAGAGAGGACAAUCAGACUAACCGUUUACAGGAGGCCCUCAACCUCUUCAAAAACAUCUGGAACAACAGGUGGCUGCGGACCAUUUCUGUCAUCUUGUUCCUAAAUAAACAGGACCUGCUAGCAGAGAAGGUGCUGGCAGGGAAGUCCAAAAUCGAGGAGUACUUUCCUGAAUUUGCUCGCUACACCACACCUGAUGAUGCGACACCAGAGCCUGGAGAAGAUCCACGUGUUACAAGGGCGAAGUACUUCAUAAGAGAUGAAUUCCUGAGGAUCAGCACAGCAAGCGGGGAUGGGAGACAUUAUUGUUACCCCCACUUCACCUGCGCCGUUGACACGGAAAACAUCCGCCGCGUCUUCAACGACUGUCGAGACAUCAUUCAGCGGAUGCACCUGCGGCAGUACGAGCUGUUGUGAUGGGAGAAGAACGGUGUUCAGCCAAAAACACAGAAACACAUCGGACAAUGAAAAACCCCGAACCCUGAGUCUCUGGACUCCCCUCUUCCACAGAAGUGUGUGAGCUCUUGUGAAUGAACAGGGGGCCAAAACACUCAUACACACUCUCUCUCUUUCUCACACACACACACAAAUACAUAAACACACCAAGAAACCCAGAACUUCCCCUGAUGCAAACUCCCCGCCUGUAGUAGACAGAGCUAUUUUGAUGGAAGGGCUUGAGGGAUUAUCACAUAAACGAACUCUGAUCUCCGCCUUCAGCCAUACCUCUCAACAUCGUAUAUCGUCCCCAGACACGUCACGUUCACAUUUUAAGGAACCCUGAGUGAUCCAGCCUGGACUGUAUUUCCUGCAGUGAAGAGGGUUUAUUGAGAUCAGGAUGAAAACUGAGAGAGCUACUUCAGUGCAACUUGGAAAGAGAGAACUAUUGAGUUACUGCAAACGGAGUAUUAACAUGUUACAGCAGAUCAGUUGAACACUGUAUCUAACUAAAAACACAAGCACUGUGCUCAGGACUCAAACCUAGUACACAACUCCUUCCUAUAAUUUACACACAUCCAUAAAUCCAACCACAGGAUCUGCUUGCACAGAGAAAUGUAUUACACCUGCUUUUUACUGGACUGCACAACCCGGGUGGAUCUGGAAAAAAUGUACCGAUCUACCGACGUGCGGCAGGCUCGUUGAGCUGUCUGGCACAGUGCUUUGAGAUUAAACGGACUGAGUGACUGCAGCCAAGCCCCGAGGAGCAGCAUUAUCACAGACUAAAAGGACCGUGUUGUGAUGAGUCGGGCUGCGGGGGGGCGAGGGUUCACAAAAAACAGGACUCCGAUGUGAAUUUCUCUGAUAGAGUCUAGACACGACUUCUCCACAGAACUGUUUGCCACCUGACUUUGCCUUGUUGGUCGUGGAGCAACACGUGAGGAGGAUAUAUUGAGUUUAAAACUAAAAGAAACAAAAAAAGCCAACUUUUAUGGAACUUGACUAACAGAGGGCAAAAAGCAUCCUUCUACAGUACAGUACCAUAUAAGUUAAAGAGAACUCUCAUCUUGUCAUGAUCGACCCUGUUUUACUGUCUCCACAGCUGUUUUUGUCUGUGUAGACUUUUGUGCCAUUGUGCCCUGUGCGCUCUCUUUCUUUAUCUAUACUCUUUCUGUAUCUGUCAUCCUUCUUUCACUCCCCGUUCUCCCUCCUCUGGUCAUCUUCACUCACUCUCCAUCUUCACAGUUUUACUCUUUCUCUCAUUUCCCUCCUCCCACCACCACCUGCUCAUCUGCACUUCUAUCUUCCCAGCAGUGCUCUUUUUGUUUCGAGAGAAAAUAAGAUAUUAUAAUCCUGGAAUAUAAAAAAAGAUGACAACAACAAACGGGACGCUAAUUUUAUUUUAUUUUAUUUUUAUUUUUUACUUAUGUGGUCAAACAGCCUGCUCACACCUCCCUGCCAUUCCUCCCUCUGUCAUUCCUCCAUCUUUCCUCUUCUCUCCCUCCCUCCACCCCCGACCUCUUGCUCCUUUGUACGUCUGUCUUUACUUUACUGCUGAACUAUUAUUCUUGUACAGACUGUAAAAUGUAUUAUUUUGUACAACUUUAUUGAAAAAAAUAACUUUUAGAAGAUCCCUGUGCCUUGAUCACGACUGUACGUGUGUAAUGAGCUAAAGUGGGUGUCAUACUGCGCUGUAUAGCUUGGCCAAUCCCCUCCUAACUCCCUGCCUCCCUCGCCACUUCCUUCUAUCUCUCUCUUUCUUUAUCCCCCCUCUCCCUCUAUCUGUCUGACUUUCUCGCUCUCUCUCCUCGGGGAUGGAGGACAACCAUUCGUAGCUUUUGUAGUUUUAUUUCUCUCCCCUAUCCUCCCAUUCUCUCUUUAUGAUUUAAAUGUCUAUUUUUGGAUCCAUAUACCCCAAAAAGAUAAAUAUAUGAAAUGUAUAUGGGUUUUAAAAAAAAAGUAUUUUAUUAGAAUCAAAUGAACCUUGACAAAUUGUACACUUGAUAGUGUGCGUAUUGCUAUAACUUAAAUCCUUUCAACUGAAGUUGUGUUCAGAUUUCUUUUGUUUUCUUCCGUUGACCUCUGCAAAGGACAUAACGAAGGGUUAAAGAGGAGAUGACAGAUGCAAAACAUUGCUUGUUUCUACACAAAUCUUAUUCUUUUGCUAAGAAAAAGACCAAAAAAAAGACAAAAAAAAAAUGAAUUUCAGUUUAUUUUCUGAAGAGGGGGGAGGGUGUCCUCCUUCCCUGCCUUGCACAGCAGAGGCGGCCUGUACAGUAUUAGCAUCUCUCUCAUUUCAGUGCCCUAGUCUUCAUUUAAUGUGUACAUCAAAUUAUGGGUCUCUACAUUCUGAACAGAAACUCUAAGAAAUAAAGGUUUUUUUUGGUGCAGACAGCAACAGGUCUGUCAUUACACAUAUAAACACAUAACUCUUCUGUCUCUCAUGAGCUGCAUUUUUUUCCAAUCAUAAUUCCUAAAUUUUCAUCCAUCGGGAGAGUCGCUGUAAAUCCACGCUAAAGGAAUUGGAGUUUCCUGUUUGUUUACCAGUCAUUUCCUCUUCAGAUACGCAGACUCUGUGUUUUGGGAAGACCAUGAAGAUUGUAAUGUUUUGGACAGGACACCCUCUGGUUUUGAACCAUGUUGAUGUUCAGGCUGGAAGUUCAAUAACUCCACUUAAGGGUGUAACUGAUGUGCCUUUAUCUUGCAGUUUGCUCCUCUAUAUUCCUGAGGGUAAAACUUGACUGGUUCAGUUACAAUGAAACUGUCAAGCUGAAACUGUUGGAGGAAAAUAAUUUUCUACCAAAUGAAAAUACUCAAGGGUUUAAAGCCACAUGUUUGCACUGUGCAUGUUUGCACAUACAUUUAUUUAAUUUAUCUUGCUUAGACAUUUGCCUUUUUGAGCUCAGCACUAAUGAUUACUCAACCACUAGAUUGCGAGGCAGUUGAGCUUGAUGUACAGGAGAUAGCUAAUGUGGAGGUGAUUUUCUAUUUGUUAUUAUUAUUAGAUCAUCCCA